AUGAACACAUUCUCAUUAUUCAUGUAUAUUACAGACAAGGUGCCUCCAUGUAGAGAUUGUUAUAUACAUGAACCUCAUCUAUAUAGCAGAACACAUCAAUAUAUGAACACAUUCUCAUUAUUCAUGUAUAUUACAGACAAGGUGCCUCCAUGUAGAGAUUGUUAUAUACAUGAACCUCAUCUAUAUAGCAGAACACAUCAAUAUAUGAACACAUUCUCAUUAUUCAUGUAUAUUACAGACAAGGUGCCUCCAUGUAGAGAUUGUUAUAUACAUGAACCUCAUCUAUAUAGCAGAACACAUCAAUAUAUGAACACAUUCUCAUUAUUCAUGUAUAUUACAGACAAGGUGCUUCCAUGUAGAGAUUGUUAUAUACAUGAACCUCAUCUAUAUAGCAGAACACAUCAAUAUAUGAACACAUUCUCAUUAUUCAUGUAUAUUACAGACAAGGUGCCUCCAUGUAGAGAAUGUUAUAUACAUGAACCUCAUCUAUAUAGCAGAACACAUCAAUAUAUGAACACAUUCUCAUUAUUCAUGUAUAUUACAGACAAGGUGUCUCCAUGUAGAGAUUGUUAUAUACAUGAACCUCAUCUACAUAUAGUAGAACACAUCAAUAUAUGAACACAUACUCAUUAUUCAUCAACAUUAAAGACCCGUGUCUCCAUGUAGAUUGGAGAAAACAUAUAUGAUACAGAGAGAACUUAUUAGUUCUAGCUUUGUUUUGCUGAAAUAGGUUGCAUGGGGGUAUUUGCAACAAUGUGUAUUGUAAAUGAAUUUAUUUCUUUAUACAACUAAAUUGGUCAAUCAAUGAAUUGAGCUAUAUAUAUCAAAAAACCUGUGGUGAAACCUUUAAAAUUGCGUAUCUGCUCUGGUAAUAAAAUGUCUUCAUCUCAUGAAAAUCGUGAAAAAAAUCGUACCUCCAAGGCUGUAAAAUUUUCUUACAGAAAGGAAACUUUUUCCAUAACCAGGUUCAACCACAGUGAAAAACAAAGUCCUUGUAAAAUAUUCAAAAUUAUUAGUUGGCUCAUCUUGCGUAAUACAUUAAAAAUGUACCAAUUAAAUUAUAUGACCAACUGUAAUACUUAGAGAGUCUGUUAUGUUUCACUAACUGCGUCUACCUUUAGACAAGAGUGACAUAUCCUUAGUCUCUAUUGUUCUAGAUUGCUCUUUGCCAAUUCCAUAACUCCCAAGCUGGAUAGGUCCAUUAGAUUUCAUUUUAUUCAUGUGAUAUGGAGGUGCAACAUCAGAUCUGGUCUUAUUUGUUAAAGGUUUUGAUCUAGCAAUAUAUGGAUUUGGUGUGGUGGACUGAAUCUGCUUCAUGUUUGUGUGAUUUUUAAUUGUCUGAGAUGGUCUAAGAAUAUUCUGAAUAGGUGGCGCUUGGAGCUGAUGGUGCUUUUGUUGACGUUUCUUAAUGGCUUCUUGUUUCUUUCUUUCAAUCUCUUCUGGCGAAUACUUUUGACUUUGUUUGGGUUGGCUGUUUGACUGGCUACUAACGAUCUGGG